GAGAGGGUGGGGAGGGGUAUUACUCAGAAGGGUGGUGGGAAUGGGUGAUUGGCUGAUAGGUGUGGUAAACCUGUUGACGACUGUUAACGACUGCAAUUGGCCUUACAGGAAAAAGCAAGUGGAUUAGAUGGCUAUAAAUGGCUUUAUCAUGUAUAAGGAGAUAAGAAACCAAUGUCUCUAUUCAGACCAGGUCUCUCCAUGGUUUUAAGUUUGGUAGUAAGUUGCAAUUCAGCAACUUCUCUUUCCAGUCUGUUUCUGAAAUUAUUUUGUAAUAAGACAGCUACUUUGAGAUCUUGUAUAGAAUGUCCUGGGAGAUCGAAGUGUUCUCCUACUGGUUUCUCUGUCUUGUGAUUCCUGAUGUCAGAUUUAAGUCCAUUUAUCCUUUGGCGUAGGGUUUGGCCUGUGUUUGCCCAAUAUGGAGAGCUGAAGGGCACUGUCGGCAUUUGAUGGAUUAUUGGCCUGAUCCAGCAAGUUCUUAUUCCCUGAAUAAAAAGGAUGUCGAGAGAGUCUCCUGUUUAAAUAAUUUAUACAAAACAGCCGCUAGAGGGCUCUUUUUGUAUUUUCUCCUUUCCUAAAAUCCAGAGGCGUUUUGCGCUGCUUCUGAAAUUGCCUCUCUGUGUUGUGAAAUGCAACACCAAGAGGGGCUGGGCUUCCCAUGAAGAGGCUGCAUCCGGUGAGAGAAAUACAGGGAGGGAGGAGGAGGACAGCCAGGGGGGGAAAUGCACGGGAGAUCAGGCAGGGAGAGCUCGGAGUCCCUUGCCCUUGCCUGCAUCCGAGCCUUGGAGCAGAUUUCAGGGGGGCUGUCGAGCAUCGAGGGGCCACGAUGGCAGAUUCGAAUUAUUAGAUGCUCUUGCUGAUCUGCUUUUCACGCACAAAUGCCUCAGUGGAUCCCCUCUGACGUAAAACCACGGAGCGUCGUGACACCUUCCAGACAAUGUGAGCAUUCUCCGCCUCCAAUUCCGUUACAGCUACCGAGCAGAGAAACACUUUGCACAAGCUCAGAGGCGCCCUUGGUGUUGUUCAUCAAGGCACGCCUUCCAGGGCUGAGCAGGGGGAAACUUGAAAGCAGUUGCCAGGGUGCUCACCCCCUGAAAGCCUCUAUCAAAUUUAAGGCAUUGUCUGGUUUGGGAAGAGCUGUGGCUGGGUGGCAGAGAACCUACUUUGCAUGCAGAAGGUCCCAGGUUCAAUCCCUGCGAUUUCAUGUUCCUCUGUUGCUGGCCAAUCCCAUCUCUGCCCCUUCUGAAUUUGCCAGCUGCUUCUCUUUGCUGCAGAUCCGGGUUGUCCACCUUAGUUCAUUCUGGAACUCCAACCCUGGAAGGAGAAUGGCUGGCACCGAGGAAGCGCAGGGUCGUCUGGUUUUCCUGACAGGAGAGGGAGACGUCAAAAUCGAGGAAGAAAAGAGCAGCGAAGAGCUACAGGAUCGUCUGGCUUGUCUGGCAAGAGAAGGAAACAUCAAAAUCGAGGAGCAAAAGAGAAGCGAAGAUCUGCUGAGAGAGAUCGAAGCGGAGAGGAUGAAGAUUGUCAAGGAGUGGAAGGAGAUGCACCAGAUUCUUGACGAACAGCAGCAGGUCCUGCUGAGGUGGCUAAAGAACGAGGUUCCCCGAGUCUCCAGGGAGACUUCCCUCUGCAGUGAACCAGGAAGGGAAAAGGCACAGCAGCUGUUGCUGGGUUUACACAGCACUGGCUGCAGAGGUGAUACAUUCUUCCUGAAACAACAGCCGGAUUUGGGGGAGCUGGAGCAGAAGCUGAGCGAUUUCUCCCACAAAAGGGCUGCUUUGCUGGAAACGCUGCUGGCAUUCAAAGAAAAUCUGCAUCUGGAGUUGAAGAAGAAUGGAGCAGGAGAAGGGCAGGUGAGCAAAAUGGAGGAUGAGAAACUUCCUGAAUCGGAAGCAGCUUCUGAGGGUGAACAUGGAUCUAAAAGAGUGCAGAGUCUGGACAAAGGGGAGGAGGGGAAAUCUGUUCCCCGCGAAGAAAACAACUAUGACCUUGAUGGGCACAAAAUUCAGCCAAGGACGCAACAGGUCAAGAAGCAGAAGAUGUGUGGCGUGUGCAGGAAGAGCUUCAGCCAGAGGUCAAACCUUAUCACACACCAGAGAACCCACACGGGCGAGAAGCCGUACAAGUGCGCAGAUUGCGGGAAGAGCUUCCGCUUCCGCUCCAACCUCCUUACGCACAAGAGGAUCCACACAGGGGAGAAGCCAUUCAAGUGCCCGCUUUGCGGGAAGGGCUUCAGCAACCAUUCGGGCCUCGUCAGUCACAAAGGGACUCAUCGGGAAGAGAAGCCGUACAAGUGUGCCCAGUGCGGCAAGGGUUUCAGCAGGAGGCCGGGCCUCGUUGUCCACGAGAGAACCCACACAGGGGACAAGCCGUACAAGUGCCCCGACUGCGGGAGAAACUUCAGCCAGAUUUCGGGCCUGAUCGCGCACGAGCGGAGCCACAUGAAGGAGAAGCCAUUCAGAUGUGUGGUUUGCGACAAGUGCUUCAGCCAUGCCUCUCACCUGGCUCUGCACGAGAUGACCCACAUGGAACAGAAGGCGUUUGAGUGCCUGGAUUGCGGGGAAAGCUUUGGCCGGAAGCUGGACCUCGCUGCCCACCGCCGGAACCACACGGGGGAGACAUCGUACGAGUGCGCGGACUGCGGGAAGCGCUUCAGCCAGCGGCCAAGCCUGCGUGCCCACGAAAGGACCCACUUGAAGAAGCUCUACCCAUGUGUUGAAUGUGGGAAGAGCUUCCGGAGCAGCUCCAACCUGAAGUCCCACAAAAGGACCCACAUCGGAGACAAGCCCUACAAGUGCUCAGCGUGUGGGAAAAGCUUCAAGUGGAGCUCCAACCUCAUUGCCCACGAAAGGGCCCACACUGGAGCAAAGCCUUACAGGUGCUCGGACUGUGGGAAAAGCUUCAAAGGGAGCUCAGAUCUUAGCAGACAUCAGAGAAUCCACACAGGAGAGAACUUGUGAGCAGCCUAAUUAUUAGGAAAAGGUGUUUUAAAUAGUGGUUUUGCAUAGCACUCUUUGUUCCCUGUUUGAGGGGUUUGUUGUUGUUGUUGCUGCUGCUGCUGUUGUUGACAGGCAUAUGUGAGCAUUGGUGUAUGUCAUGGGGCGGCAUCAUUAUAAAAUGGUGCUGUAGCUCUAGGUUCGAGCAAGAGGGCUGAAACGAAAGGUUUGGCUGAUUAUUUAAAAUGGAUUACAGUGGUACCUCUACUUACGAAUUUAAUGCGUUCCGAAUGCACAUUCGUAAGUCAAAAAAAAUUGUAAGUCGAAUCCCAUAUUUUUUCAUUGGGAUAAAAAAUUCGUAAGUCGAAGCAACCCUAUCUAAAAAUCCGUAAGUAGAAAAAAUCCUAUCUAAACCGCAUCCAAGAUGGCGGACGGAGCUCCGUUCAUAAGUAGAAACAUUCGUAAGUAGAGUUAUUCGUAAGUAGAGGUACCACUGUAUGUGCUGAUAUUGACAAUGGUGUCUUCAGAAUUUUACAUAGCAGGAGAUAAGCAUACGGAUACAAACCAAGGUGCAGAUUAAGUUUCGUUCCCACCCAGGGGCCACAGUUUACACACAGGGAAAAGUCGUUCCAAUUUCCAGGUGACAUGUUAAAUGCAUUUGUUACAUACAGAGAAAAGCGAUGUCAUUUAUGCAGUCUUGAAACAUUGGAAUAAAGGCAUUUUUUCACAGUUGUGCAGUGUGAAUGGAUUGUUUCCUUUAUUUGACAGCAUUUAAUAUGAGGUUACUAGGUGCUCCAAUUCUAGGGGCCCAGGCUGCCGCCCCCCAUAUUGAGGGGGCCUGGUGCAACGUCAUUGCAUGAAGCUACUUUGGCCUGCAAAGCAUCUCCUGAUGAAGCGGGGACUGGCAGGGCCUAGCAUAAGGAUGCACUGGGCGGCACGUUGUUGGGAAAUGUGUGUGACAUUGUGCGCUGUGCUCCAGCCCCCCACCCUUUCCCCCAAUCUUGGGGGCAACCCAGAGCCACUGGAGGUUAGCAACCACAAUUGGAACCCUGCAGGUUUGAGGCUCAAUGCUGCUUUGGUAGGCAGGUCUUGUUCAGUGGUGUACCAAGCCCAGGCGGUACCCA